CGAAAACAGACCGCGUCUCUGCAGCCAAUGAGGAUACGUUGCUGAAGUCACCAGCCCAAUAAGAAACCUCCACGUGGUCACAUCGACGUUGCUUCGCGCUUGAAAUCCCCCGAACAAAUACUUCGCCGUUUGGUCGUUGAAGGUGUAGUAUCAUUUUUGCCCCGAUUCCCUUCUCGGACCUUCGAUCUGCGGUAUACUCCUACCAUUGCCACUUGCUCAGUCCCCUUCGAUAUUCUCGUAGCAGAAGAUCGCCGAGGAAUCGAAGAGAGAGGAUCACCGGAUCUUCGGUGACCGGCGGCGGCAGAAUGGAGGCACACAGCGCCGGGCUCCGCCGCGUGAUUCUGUUGGCGUUCUGCAUCGCCGGGAUCUGGGCGGCUUAUAUAUACCAAGGAGUUGUUCAGGAGACUCUGUCGACCAAGCGCUUUGGUCCUGAUGGGGAGCGGUUUGAGCAUCUGGCGUUUCUUAAUCUGGCACAGAGUGUCGUCUGCUUGAUUUGGUCCUUCAUGAUGAUAAAGAUGUGGUCUAGAAGCAGCGGUGGUGGUGCGCCCUGGUGGUCAUACUGGAGCGCUGGCAUUACUAAUACGAUUGGCCCGGCUAUGGGAAUUGAAGCCUUGAAGUACAUCAGUUAUCCAGCUCAGGCAUGUUUCGAUUUCUCUGUUCCCAAAAAGUUAGUGACUGUUACUGGGUUUGGAGCUGGGCUACUUGGACAGAACAUGGGGGAAAUGAUAAGCUAUUCUAGAAUGGUGUUGGAAAUGCUUUGUGAUUCAUCCCUUAAGGCUACUGCUUUUUUGCAUUGGAACAUAGAGUUUAGGAAUGAGAUGAGAAGAUGAAGUGGAUUGACUUGAUGGUUUCACAACCAUUGCUUUGUAUUUACGUGGUCUUCAUGCUGGCUUACAUCAACUUCAUGGUCAUAGUAAUGGCUUCUGCACUGCAUAGUCUAUCUGAAAUGUUGGCAUCAAUAUGUUUUGGUUCUUGAUGAUGGUCCUCGUUUUUGCAGGUUCUUGCAAAAUCAUCGAAAAUGAUUCCAGUUAUGUUGAUGGGGAGUCUAGUAUACGGCAUAAGAUACACACUUCCAGAGUACUUGUGUACUUUCCUCGUUGCAGGAGGUGUAUCUACAUUUGCACUUUUGAAGACUAGCUCAAAAACCAUUAGCAAGCUAGCUCAUCCAAAUGCACCUCUUGGGUAUGGACUUUGCUUCUUGAAUCUUGCAUUUGAUGGAUUCACAAAUGCCACGCAGGAUUCACUUACAGCAAGGUAUCCGAAGACCACAGCAUGGGACAUAAUGUUGGGGAUGAACUUGUGGGGUACCAUUUACAACAUCGUCUACAUGUUUGGUUGGCCAUACGGCAUGGGGUACGAUGCAGUGCAGUUCUGCAAGCAGCAUCCAGAGGCAGCAUGGGACAUCUUGUACUACUGCCUGUGUGGUGCAGUGGGCCAGAACUUCAUAUUCCUAACGAUAAGCAGAUUCGGAUCACUCGCGAACACCACCAUCACGACUACUCGCAAGUUCGUCAGCAUCGUGGUUUCUUCCGUACUAAGUGGCAACCCUCUUUCGACGAAGCAAUGGGGGUCGGUGGCCAUGGUCUUCUCUGGUCUAUCGUAUCAGAUCUUUCUCAAGUGGAGGAAGUUGCAGAAAGUGCAGAAGAAGAGAAAGAACAAUUGAUGCCAUUAGAAUUCUACAGUUUUGGAGAUCUACCUUCUUCUCUUCAAUUUUUCUUUUGUAACUUUGUUCUCACUGCCCUAUUAUAUUGUCAUUGUAGCUUCCAGGUUGGUAUGAAAUGUAGAACCACAACUAGAUUACAGCCAAGUGUAACUGAAAUUGAAUACACUUCAUUGAUAUAGAGAAUUGAAGUAGCUCUGUUCUGGUAGCCUGUUCGUAGUGGUUUUAAUAUAUGGUGAAGAAGAUGCUUUUCACCCUGACCACUUCUCUUUCCCCUUUUUGUUAUUGUCAUCAUAAAUUUGCUAUGGUGGUGGAGACGUUUUUAACUUCAAAGAGCCACCGAAUAGCCAAUAGGCCA